AUGGCAUGGUGGGGAGGGGAGGCUCGGUUGCUAAGCAACCUCUACUCGCCCUCUGAUUGGCUCUCGUCGCUAAUACUCCUCUGUCAUUGGAUGGGAGUCGUCAGAAGCCUUCCUGAUCUCGUCGCUGCGGCAUCAACAGGCCAGGCAGGCGUGAACCAGCUGGGAGGAGUGUUUGUCAACGGCAGACCUUUGCCGGACUGUGUACGUCGCCGCAUCGUAGAGCUCGCCCUCAUGGGGGUCCGUCCCUGCGACAUCUCCAGACAACUCCUGGUCAGUCACGGCUGCGUGUCCAAGAUACUCACCAGGUUCUACGAGACCGGCAGCAUACGGCCGGGGAGCAUCGGCGGCAGCAAAACCAAGCAGGUAGCGACGCCGACAGUCGUCAAGAAGAUCCUGCGCUGCAAGCACGACAACCCCGGCAUGUUCGCCUGGGAGAUACGAGAACAGCUGUUGGCGCAGAAGAUCUGCGACCCUCAGUCCAUCCCCAGCGUCAGUUCUGUGAACCGUAUCCUGCGCAACAGUGGAGCCUGGCCUGAGCCUCAUCACACCCCGCAUGGACGCGGCAUCGAAUCUCUAGAAAACACCCGGAUCUACGUAGAACCCCCUUUUCGGCCCUACCCUUACCCGUGGCAUCCCCCUGCUACCUCGGACACCUGCGGCAGCGAGAGCGACGGUGGGGAAGGAGAAGACGCUCCAGAAGCCACGGAACCUCCGGCCAAGGAGCCGAGUCCUUACUCCAUAGAAGCCAUCCUUAAGAAGUCUCCGACCAGGAAGCCCAGAGUCCCUACACAGAGUAUUCUACUGAUGUACCCUCCUUGUGGUUUGUUGCUCGAUAGACCGUGUACUUGCAGUCUUCAGCACAUGCAUUGA